CGGACCGCAGUAGUGGCGCAGUUAGUCGAGUACGGGGUACUCAAAUAGUCGACGGUUGGCCGCCACCAGCGACGUUAUCGAAUCGGUUUUUCGCGCGUGUACUCUCGAUUCCGCCACCCCCGCAAUUGGCUCGCAUACUAUAGUACGGUCAUUUUAUUCGAUUUCCUAAUCGUAAAUUUUCUUCCGCUGUUUGUCUUUUCAACUUACGAAACCACGAGUGACGAGUACGAGAAUCGUAGUCGUACACUUAUCGGCAGGGAUUAGUAGUUAAUAAUAUUAUUCAAAACCGCUGCAGGUUAUGAGUAUUGAACAUGGAUAGCGGCAACGAGACCCUUUUCUCGGAGGACUCAUCGCCCGACUCGGCGCCACCACCGUCGCCUAGCAGUGGUCGAGGGAGCCAACAGCCCACGCCAGCGCCCACCCCGCCGCACAUCACUUCUUCCUUAUCCAAGGGAAACAGUGUUAUUCGUCCAGUGGCCUUCAAGCCGGGUUCAAUGAGAUUCACCGACAACGGCGAAAGAUAUGGCUCCACGCCUAUCCUGGCCAGAUCCUCGCACAGACAUCUAUACGGCAGUACCAAUGAACUGCACCAUCAAUCUAAGAAACCAAAUAUGAUAUCUUCUGGCACGUUGGAUCGAAAACUUCGUUCAGCAUCUCCAAUGGUGAUGUCGUCGUUACCGGCUCAAACCAGCUGUAAAUUUCGGCUGGGGCAGCAAGACGAUUUCAAAUCAUCCUCUUCAUACAGUUCCUAUAGAGAUUAUCGCCCUAGUUCGAAGUCAUUUUCAAGGCUCAGUAAACGGUGUUCGGCAUCCGAAGGGUCAGCUAGUCUGUUAGACUUGACCCCUUCGCCAUCCGAAUCUACAAUGUUGUCCGAAAUGGAAACAGUGUUGAGAGACAGGGACCGUGAAUUGAGGCACCUACGGCAAACGAUGGAGCACAACGAGCAAGUGAUCUUCAGAGUUUACCAGGAGAAGGAAAAUGCGUGGGACAGAGAAAUGCGGAGGAUCAAAGCAAUGGGUGAAAAUCGGCUUAAGACAGCCGCGCAAAAGUCACUGAAGCUGGAACAGAUGCUCAUGAUGCAGACGUAUAAGUUGCAGGAUGAAAAAAAGAAAUUACAAGAAGAAAACGAGCGUUUGGAAUCCGAAACGAUGGAUUUGAAAAAAGAAGUAGACGAAUUGAAGGUUAGACUCGAGGAAACUGAAUGGGGACUGUGUCAAAAGUCCGGAGAACUAGCUCACGUAAAAUCACAACUGAAAGAUACUCAAAACGAACUUACAACAAAAGGCCAUGAAGUGAUCGCGUUGAAAUCGGAAAUCCGAGAUCUGUUGCAAAAGCUUGAAUCAAAAGAACGUCGUAUUGACGAAAUUGAGGGUAGACGUCCAGAAAGGCGUGACAGCGACAAUGUCGGUGACGGCAAUUGCUGCGAUGACCAAUUGGCGGCAGACAAGCUGUGUUCACUCGUCGGACGACUCAACGAACAAGUGGAAAACGAGUUGAGCAAAUCGAACAAAUUAUUGUCCGGAUGCUACAGUACCGAAGACCUGCAUUCGCUGUUUCCGAAGAAGGACACGGAGGCGGAUUCACCACUGGAGAGAUUUAGAGAACUGGAACGGCACACGGCCAAAUUGAUCAGGGUGCUGAACGAGGAACGGAAGAACUGGGACCAGGAGAGGCUGAAGUGGUUCCAGGAGAAGGAGAAAGUGUUGUGUUACCAAAGGCAGCUUCAGAUGAACUACGUGCAAAUGUUCAGGAGGACGCAGGCGUUUGAGGCACAGAUCGAGAACCUCACCGUCCAAAUGAACGUGUGCUCGGACCACUGCACUAGUGGCAAAAACGCCGCUAGAAAAACGGGUGCCACCUCAGUGAAGACCAUAAACGCCAUUAAACUAUAGGAAGAUUUAGAAGGACUUGUUUUUAUUAAAAGCCCAUCACGUGGGAAGUUAUAUUAUAUUGUUGUGUGGAGUUUUUACCAUUUAUUAUUAAUAUUAUUAUUAUUAUUAUGAUUUCUUAUUAUGUUUAUAUUUUUUUAUUGUCUUUUAUUUUCGACAUUAUAUUAUAUCAUAUUGGUAAGUAUGCUUUUCUGUAUAGUAGCAACAUAUAUUGUGAAUACUUAUUCGAUAAGAUACAUCAAUCAUUUUGUGUUAUUAAAAGUACAAGCUUUAACAUGAUUA